GGAGUGCGAAACGAGUAAGCGCUUUCCCUUGGCUGCAGGGACUCGACCGUCGCGAAGCCCUAAAUGGCACUAGGAACGAGAAAGAGCCAAGCCGGUCAGAUUCUCACCACGGCUUGGUUAGCCACUCCCCUGCUACUUCGUCUUCCCCUCCUUUCGGCUGGAAACUACACGCCAUAUCCGGCAAAAGCGAGGCAUGUUCUUUGCUCAGCAAUGCUUCUGCUACCUUGGCAUUAGAACAUCACUACUGAAGAUUACUUACCCUUUGAGAUACUUCAGGUUUUCAUCUUCUGCACCUGUGCCAGUCAAGCUGCCCCCAUCAUCUUUAUUUAUUACAUUUAUAUCCUGCCAUUCUCCUAGGAGCUCAAGGUGGUGUACAAAGUUCUCCCCUAUCACCACCAUUUUAUCCUCACAACAAAGCCAUGAGACCAUGACCUUCAAGCACAAAAAUGCAAAACGAAUUGAAGGGCUUGAUAGCAAUGUAUGGGUGGAGUUUACAAAAGUUGCUGCAGAUCUCUCAGUUGUUAAUCUGGGACAAGGACUUCCAGAUAUAUCUCCUCCUAUCUAUGUUAAAGAAGAAUUAGCAAAAGCAUCCUCUAUGGAUAGGCUGAACCAGUAUACACGGGGUUUUGGACAUCCACUGUUGGUGAAAGUCUUGUCCCAAGUAUAUGGAAAAGUUUGUGGAAAAGAGAUUGAUCCAUACACUGACAUCCUAGUGACAGUAGGAGGAUAUGGAUCUCUGUUUAGUGCAAUACAGGGACUCAUUGAAGUAGAAGAUGAAGUGAUAAUAAUAGAACCCUUCUUUGACUGUUAUGAGCCAAUGGUGAGGAUGGCAGAAGCAAAGCCUGUUUUUAUACCCUUGAGAUAUAAACCUUCAGCUGGAGAUGUUGCAUCUAGUGCUGACUGGGUCUUGGAUCCCACUGAACUUGCAAGUAAAUUUAAUUGCAAAACAAAGGCUAUUAUAGUGAACACCCCUCACAAUCCUAUAGGAAAGGUCUAUACAAAAGAAGAGCUACAGAUAAUUGCUGAUCUCUGUAUUAAACAUGACACCCUAUGCAUCAGCGAUGAAGUAUAUGAAUGGCUGGUAUACACUGGCAAUAAACACAUAAAAAUAGCUACUUUGCCUGGAAUGUGGGAAAGAACAGUAACCGUAGGAAGUGCUGGGAAAACGUAUAGUGUAACUGGUUGGAAGCUUGGCUGGUCUGUUGGUCCCCAACAUCUGAUAAAGCAUCUGCAGGUCGUUCACCAAAAUUCAUUGUAUACAUGCCCAACUCCAUUACAGGAGGCUGUGGCACAAGCCUUUUUGAUAGACUUGAAACGCAUGGAUGACCCAGACUGCUACUUCUAUUCUCUGCCUAGAGAGCUGGAAAGCAAACGGAGCCGAAUGGCUCAGAUGCUCCUGGAAGUCGGACUGAAACCUGUUAUUCCAGAGGGAGGAUACUUCAUGAUUGUUGAUGUGUCCAAAUUAAAUGUAGAUUUGUCUGACAUGGAGAAGGAUAAACCUUAUGAUUAUAAAUUUGUGAAAUGGAUGAUAAAAUCUAAGAAACUGUCUGCUAUUCCUCUCACUUCAUUUUGUGGCCCGGAGACCAAAGAACAGUUUGAGAAAUACAUACGGUUUUGCUUCAUCAAAAAAGAUAGUACCUUGGAUGCAGCAGAAGUGAUCCUGAAGAACUGGAAGAAACAUUGAUUUAGAAGUCAAUCUGUUCUGUAUUUUUUUACAAUAUUUUGUAUGCAUAGUAGACUUUGAAUCUCACAUAAAAUGAUUGUUUUUUUUAAAUUGCAUUGUGCUGUGCUGCCAUCUCCUGGAUAUUUAAUAUUAAUGUGAUCUAAGGAAUUAAUUUGGUAUUAUUCAAACUGCAGUCUUUUCCAAAUAUUCAAUGGAAUCCUGCCCCCCAUAUAUUUUUUUACAUGCUGAAGUAAAAUGCAUGUAGGCUGUAUCCACUAGGGCCCUAUCCAGUAAUCUCCUUUAUACCUGUACGAGGUAUUAUUAUUAUUAUUUAUUAGACUUUUAUACCGCCCGACUAGCAAUAGCUCUCUGGGCGGUGAACACAAGAAAUACAAUAAGAUCACAUAGUAUAAUACAACAAAAACAUAUAAAAUAAAAUAAUCUAAAAUCAAUCACAGCAGAUUUUAAAAUUAAGUUAACUUAAAUUAAUUAAAUUAUGCAUUUAUUGUACUUUUGGUUACUUUUUGUCAAAUAGUAGCUCUUCUGCAUGCCAGGCAAAAUACUGUAUGAGAAAAUUGGCUGUGGAUUCCUAGGCCAGGGAAUUGCUGUACACGGCUUGGCCAGCCAAUGACAUAGCAUAGUGGCAGAGGAAAGGUAGCAUGGGUGGGCAUGGGACCUAGGGGCCUGGAUCAGGGCAGUCUUCCUGUAGAAUACAAUUUUUCAACUCAUUUUGAUGGCAUAAUCAAUUUUAUAGUGAUCUGCUGUUGCCUAAAAAGAAUGAGUUAUAGUUCAGCUCCCAGUUUCCUUCACUAGAGCUCUGUAGUAGAAUAGUGCUAUACAACCUUCAAACAACUUUUUUUAAAAAAAAACUUCAGUAAAUAGCGCAGCAUAUUUUUUAGCAGUUGUAUUGCUGAUUACUAUAUUAUUUCUAAUGCAGUUAUAUUCCUCAUUACUAUGUCAGCACGUACACGUGUGCAUGCACACACACACAAAUGCGCAAAAACUGAUAAUGCCUUGUAAUUGGAAUGAAUAAGAGGUAAAGUAUGCACAAUGUCUUUGUGUGAUUGUAUAGGGAAAUGGCUACAGAUAUGAGAAGUCAAAUUGCUUUAGAGUCUGGGUUUGCCAUUUUCCCGUGUUGUGUUAGCCAUUUGGGUUUUUUUGGUUUUCUGUUUUGCCUAAGCAAGUGAGAUGUGCCACCUUGCAUAAAGUAGUGUAUUGGAUAUAAUUUUGUCCCUUCAAAUUUUACAAUUUCAUUUUACAAUAAUGAUCCUUGGGGAUCUGCUAAAUAAUUAUCUGUUACUUUCAUGUAAUGAGAAAUUGAUUUGAUUUAACAAGUCAAUAAAAGUGAAAAAUUG